UGUCUAGAGUGUCAUCACAAUGAUCAAUCAUGCGAUUGGAGCAGUAGGAGUCGCAAGCAAAGAGUGCAAAACCGUCAUAUGUCAAUAUGUAAAAACGAUGUUGAACUCCCUUUUAUCUCAGGCGGAUCCUAGGAAGGUAUGCUCACAGAUAGGACUCUGCGGUUUCAAUGAGAGAAUGGGGAUUAAGUCAGUUCUAGACGAUGGAACAUCAGAUCUUAUAAACGAAGCGAUGUGCAGCGUUUGUGAAAUGGCAACCGUGUGGAUGCAGAGUGAAUUGAGGUGAGUUUAAUCUUGAGAGUCUUGAAGCCAUUUUUUGGACAUAAAACAUGUUAAAAUGUAAUAUCCUUGAAACUUUUCUUUAGCUAUGUGACCAUAUACCAAGUCCGAACCAACAAUCAGCAGUGAACUGCGAGAAGGUUUCGUCCAUGCCAAUAGUCACAUUCACCAUUGGUGGCAAACCCUUUGAUCUCUCACGUCAAGAUGUAACUACUCUCAUUACUCUCUUUAGAUUUCAGCUUACUAAUAUCAUGACAAGGAGUUUAAACUAAAGUCUUUUCCAUUUUUUUCACCGAGCAGUAUAUAUUCAAGAUUGGGGAUGGAGUUCAGGCUCAGUGCACAAGUGGUUUCACUGCCAUGGAUAUCCCUCCACCUCGUGGACCUCUCUGGUAAUCUUCAUUGGCAAAAUCUAAUCUACUAUAACAAAGAAAAACAACUCAAAUGGGUUUACUCUAAAGUUUUGUAAUUAUGCAAACAAUGCAGGAUCUUGGGUGGUAUAUUCAUGGGACCAUACCACACUGUGUUCGAUUAUGGGAAAGCAAGAGUUGGAUUCGCCAAAUCUGCUUAAAGAAAUAUCUCAUUUUAAAACCCUUUGUUAAUAUGAUGUUUGUGAAUGUGUUUAAAUCUUAAAUGGUUGUAAUAACUUAAAAGCAUUGCUAUCCUAGAAUGGUGUUUCAUCUUAAAUACAUAUUCUUAAGGUUUUACCUUUUA